AUGGCCACUCUACUUCAAACUCAACAGCUUGGUGCCAUCCAAGGGAAAAGCAGUGAUGGGGUAACGCAAUAUCGUGGAAUCAAAUAUGCGACCCUGGAGAACAGACUGGCAGACGCGGUGCUAUACGAGGGGAAUGGUGACGGUGUUCUUGACGCGACGAAAGAUGGGCCUACGGCAGUGUCUCUCCCAAUCGGGUGUGAUCUAGAACUGAGCCAUAUUCAAAACACACUGCCCAAGAAGGACCUUCCUCAGUCCGACCUAGACUGCCUAAAUCUGAACAUCGCUGUUCCGGCGAACGUGACUUCGUCUUCGCGGCUUCCCGUUUUUCUUUUCAUCCAUGGAGGCGGUUUAGUUAUUGGCGCCAAUUCCUGGCCUCAAUUUGACUAUGCUCGGCUUGUUAAGCUGUCCAUAGAGAAGAAUCUGCCAAUUGUGGCAGUCUCUAUCAACUAUCGGCUUGGAGCGCUCGGAUUUUUGACGUCUGAAGAGCUGCGCAACGCCGGAUAUAAAGCCAACAACGGUCUACGAGAUCAGAGAGCGGCUAUUGAAUGGGUCAGAAAGCACAUCCACGAGUUUGGUGGAGAUUUGGACAACAUUACCGUAGCAGGAAUGAGUGCCGGAGGAGCAUCCGUGACCUACCAUUUGAACUCUGAGAAGGCACUUUUCAAGCGGGCUAUUUCGAUGAGCGGUACUUACUUCUUGACGCAACCAUUGCCCUAUGAGGCUCACGAGCAAAAUUAUCAGAAAGCUGUAUCGGCUCUAGGACUUUCUGGUGCGGCGCCAGAGGAGAGAAUAAAAGCGUUGCUCGAGAUUCCUGCAGAGGAUAUUGUUUCUCGAUUGCCUCCGUCCAUCCUAGCUGUCCCUGCGGUAGACGGAGAUAUUGUUCCAUCUGCUCCUUCACGGGCAGAAACUGGUCGCUCGAACUCUAGUGAGCCACGAGGAAAGAACUGGUGCCACGAACUGAUGAUUGGGGAUGCGCAGAUGGAUGCAAGUAUCAUCGCUUUCCUAUAUCCGCACAUCAAGGAAUUGUGCGCAAAGAAGUUCUUCAAAGCAGUUCACGCCGCACUCCCCUCGCAACCCAGUGUUGCCGACGAAGUCCUAAAAUCCUACGGCCUCACCGACGAAAACGCCAGCGACGAGGAUGCUUACCCUUCAAUUCUCAACUUUAUCAACGACGCCCUGUUCUUCACCCCAGUCCUAACUUUCGCACAAGGCUGGAAAGGACCUACAUACGUGUACCACUUCAACGAGGGCAACCCAUGGGAAGGUCCUUGGCAAGGCCGAUCAAACCACAUCCUCGACCUGGCCUACUUCUUCCAGAACUUCCGCGAGUCCCUGUCUCCCUCCCAACAAGCGGUUGCAACUGCGUUUGCGGAAGACUUCUUCAAGUUUUGCCACGGGCAGACGCCAUGGCCCGCCAUUACUCCGGGGACAGUGACAAACGGGUUUGCGGCAAGGUGCUAUGGGCCUAGCUCUGAAGGGAUUACCGUCGGUACUGUUGAUCGGGUAUUUGGAGAGAAGAGUCAACGGAGGUCAAACUUCUUCGACGUUGCUGAUAAGGUUGGUCCUGAUGACUUGGCCAAGGUGUUCAAUGUUUUUAUGUCUAUGUGA